AUGGCAGUUAUCGCUAUCCCACUGCUCAAGGAUUGCGCAACCAACCGGGCUUCGCGAUCAAACGUGUAUCUGGUCAUUUGGCUCACUCUCUGUCUCAUCCCCUGCCCGGGCUUNGGGCUUCGUGGGAAAACUCGCCUUCUACCGUCCUCCGUUGUUCACUUUACACAUGAAGCUCAAUCGGGAUUCGCUACAGGUACCAGCGGGAACGUUUUAAAUGACAACUCAAGCAUGAAUAAUGCCAGCAAGAACAAUUCGAACUCUACAGGUAUUUCGUCGUUUGUCACAACAGCGACCGAUGGGACAAGCCACGGAUCAGAUGAGAAUAAGCUAACUGUCAGUACGACUGGGCGCGCACACCGAUUGACCGCUAUUGCCCCAGCCACCACCGACACAUUUACCGCCCCCGGGCCUAAUACAGACUCCCAACUUCACCCGGGUGCGAGUAUGUACGAUAAUGGAGAAGUGGUGGAUCGGACUCCUGUGCGCCUCGUCCCCUGUCCCCAUAAGGGCUGUGGCAAAUCGUUCCGGGACAAUUCUGCUAUGCGCAAGCAUCUACAUACCCACGGUCCACGAGUACACGUCUGUGCUGAAUGCGGGAAAGCGUUUGUGGAAUCGAGCAAGCUAAAGCGUCAUCAACUCGUGCAUACUGGGGAGAAACCCUUUCAGUGCAACUUUGAGGGUUGUGGCAAACGAUUUUCGUUGGAUUUCAAUUUGCGCACCCAUGUUCGCAUACACACAGGCGAUCGACCGUACAUCUGUCCGUUUGAGAAUUGCCACAAACGAUUCGCACAAUCCACCAAUUUGAAGUCGCAUAUCAUGACACAUGCAAAAAUGCGUUAUAGAAGUUCUCGUGGAUCUGCUACCGUUCAACCUUCGGGAUACUUCUCGGAUUUGGACGAAGUUGCCCUCCAUCCGACUUCUCAGACCCCACAUCAUGCUACCUCAACAACAGCUCUUGGGUCAGUUCAACAGGCACAACAACAACAACACGGAGUCUCUGGUAUCAGUCAUCCGCUGGACUCUAGCCAUCCGUCUUAUGGUUCACGAACGGACCAGCUUCCCUCUUCCGCGUUGCCAACCGAUCAUCCUUCCGUUCCUUAUCAGUCCGCAACGCAUCUCAGCACAAAUACGAACAAGGGUCCUGUGCGUGGUUCACCGCAUACAGUCAAUCAGUCCACAGUCUUGACAUCCGCUCCCUUGUCCGAUUCGCGUGUCAUCGGUGCACGCAAACCCAGCUAUACACGAUUGUCAAACAAUCCAAAGUUUCUUGCACCUGGGCCGUACGGUAACAUGGUGGCUUUACCGGACGUUACUGAGACUCCCGAAGAAGAGGUAGAUGGUGUAGGUGAGGAUUACGAGUUUGUGAAAGAGGAAGAUGAUGCUUCGUGGACUGAGCGCUCUUUCAAUUAUCCGGACCCGAGAGUUCUCCCGAACUCCGUUCUCAUCCACGCCCAACCCGUUCCACGUGAGGUUCUCUGGCCCACUACUCGUCUGCCUCAAAACACGAUUGAUCGAUUUCGCGUUUCCCGAGUGUUCAAUCGACCUAACCAGCCUGUGAUCAUGUACAAUCGCGGUGUCCGUCGACGUUUGAUUGCCCAACCUGGAGUAACGUUGUUGCCCGAAUAUGCCGUAUGUAGACAACAAACUAUCCCCAUUCUUCGUCUUUCCGCAACAAGCCGAUCGGUUGUCACACUUGAUCGAACACAACAACAGGCGUAA